CAGACUUUUGCAUGACGAUAGCGCAGUGAUGCAGAUGUCGGUAUGUGAUAGGAAUCUUGUGGCGUCGCUAAGGGGCGCAUUCUCUGAACUGAGGCCUUCAUGUGGCUUGCUGUAUCAAUCUUGCACAACAUCAGUGCGGUAAGAAGCCCUCUGAGUAUUGUUUCGUGCGGUUGAUCCAUAUAUCAUGCACCUGUUCCUUUUCCUGAGACACGGCUCGCUACCCGACGACCUUGCAAACUCCGCGUUGGGAGUUGUAUACGUUCAGAGCAGGCCAUCUGCACUUCGCUCGUUACUUUCAUAAACUCCACUCUCAUAUCAAACAUCAUGAAAUUAUUCACUUACGAGACCUGGGGUGUGCCCAGGGCCGGCUUCGAUCUGCCAUACAACUUCGUCCGUUCGCACUUCGUCUCACCCAUCGUCCUCGCAUGCGUCCGCGCCUUGCUGAGCAUUUACUGCUUCACGACUAUCAUAACAUGCUAUACCUGGCUAGCGAACGAGACAGCUACGAUCAAACUCAAAGAUGUCAAUAUUGGAUCCUAUACCAUCCAACAAGGCAAUGCAGCUAUUGGGCAGUCGUUCUCGUUCUUCACCUACCUCACCUUCUGGUCACUUGGCUUCUACUUCCUCGUGUCGAGCGUACACACGUUCAUGUACGCAUUCCGGCAAAGAACAUGGCUACACACCUGGCCAAAGUACUUGCAGCUCUUGCAUAGCAUGUACUACUCCACCAUGACUUCGUUCCCGUUCCUGGUCACGAUUGUCUUUUGGGGGACUAUGAAUUCUGGAUGGCCGGCUGGCCGAUUCGAGCAGUGGAUUAACAUCUCCGUUCACGGUCUCAACAGCGUCUUUGCUGCGACUGAGAUUAUACUAUCAGCUACCGAGCCACAGCCGUGGCAUCAUCUGUCCGUUGUCCUUGGGGUGUUAUCGAUUUACCUUGGGCUCUCAUACCUCACGCGGUAUACUCAGGGCUUCUACGUGUAUGAGUGGAUGAACCCGGCACAUGGCAACGCCAGCAUUGUCUUGCAUGUCUUGGGUUAUGCAGGUGGAAUGAUUGCGCUGUUCGUGCUAGCAAGGUACGCAAUUAUAGCCCGAAAUAUGUUAGCGCGACGACUGCAGGGGUCUGAGGAAAUGGAGUAUGGCGAAAAAGGCAUCCAGCUUGAUGAUGAUCGGUCCGACACUUGGUCGGCGAAGGUCGGGGUGGUCAAGCCGACGCCCAUGCGCGUGCAGAAGAAGCCAAAGAUAGUCGUUUCCGAAGUUUAGGAGGCAGUGUCGAAUUAGCAUCAGGGUUUAUGUAAGAUAUAGAUCUAGUCAUGAUAGGGCUUUACGCAACGCCAUCCUUCGGAUAUGAAUCAGCUUCCCCUCUAGGCUGUGGAGUAAGGCCUUUGUGAUCCGGCAUGUGCACUGUCAAUUGAAAGUCUACUCUGGUCCCG